AAGUGUCCCUUGUACAGUCUAAACCUCCAUUUUCCUCACUUUUCCCCUUAUUUUCCCUUAAUUCCGUGUCGAAAAAUGAAAAUUUUAUAUCGAUUUUCAGUAAUUUUCGCUAUUUUUCUUGGAAUUUCAGAUUUUUUCAAGGUUUCUCAUGCUGAAAACGUAUUUUGCACAUAUUAUCGCGAGGAGAACGAGAUAACCUGCGGCACAGUAACCUGUUCGACACAUGUUCCACCGAAUGCUGACCUGGAAAAAGAUGGUCUUGACGUGAAGUUGCCGCCGGGUUGGUACAGAAUAGGUACAAUGACGAUUCGGCACGAUAAGGGUUGGCUGAAUUUGUACAGGCGCCGGGCGAUUGGGCAUGGGUACUGGGAUUUUUACACGAAUAUUCCCGAGAGGAAUUGUGCGGGAACUUUCGGGCUUCACGCCGGCGACAAUAUAUCUGGCUCAGUGGCGGUAAAGAGCAAGGAGUGCUUCGAUAAGUUGAUUUAUCAGAUCGAAAAAAAGUCAACAAUCGAAAAAAUCGACGUCUAUCAGUGUCGAAAAUGCAUAUUCCAUAGCUGCUGGCUGGGUAGUCGUCUGUUGCCGAGAGCCCGUGACUAUUAUACUAAUUUGAGAAGCUUGUAAUACAAUGAACUAUUAAAAAAUAAAUUUUUAUUGAUUU